GUUCUGUCAGGCGUCAGCCGUGUCAGCUGUGAGUCGACUUGACUCUUGGGGCUAUUUGGUUGUGUGAGAUAUGACAGGGAUUUGACAGCAAUGUUUUUGUUUUUAUUUAACUGAAAAUUUAAAAUUUUAUUUCACAAUGCUGCAAAAUUUGAUUUUUAAAGGUUUUGACGUGAAAAUAACAAGUAGAACAACAAAAUUCUUUCGCAAAGUACCAGUUCACUCUCGACCUUGUAAGCACUGUGGAUCCAGGUUAUAUUCUAGUUCUAGUCACAAAUUUGCAGUGUUACCGAAUAAUUAUGAAAGAACGUUGUGUAGUAAAAAUAACAUUUAUAUUUUAAAAACAAGAUGUUAUACAAGCCAAGUAGAUGCUCAGAAAAAAAACGCCCAGAUUGAGACAGUAAAAGAUAAAACUGUUAUUACUACCAAUGUGAAGUUAAAGCCUUCGGAAUUGAAGAGAUUGUUUGGUUUAGCUGCACCUGAAAAAUGGACUCUGACUGGUGCGAUUGGUUUUCUUGUUGUAUCUUCAAGUGUUACAAUGGCAGUUCCAUUUUCCCUUGGAAAAGUGUUAGAUAUAAUUUACGACACAACUAGUGAUUUAGGAGCUGCACGAGAAAAACUUGAUUCUCUAUGUCUGAUACUAUGUGGGGUAUUCCUUUUGGGAGGAUUAUGCAAUUUUGGAAGAGUGUACUUGAUGUCCAUAUCGGGUCAAAGAAUGACACAGUCGCUUCGUAAACAAGUUUUUGCCGCUAUAUUGCGACAGGAACCGCAAUGGUUCGGCAAAAAUUCUACAGGUGAAUUAGUUAAUAGAUUAUCUGCAGAUACUCAGUUAGUGGGACGUAACUUGAGUCAAAAUGUUAGCGAUGGAUUGAGGUCGUUGUUUAUGGUUGGUGCCGGGACUGGUAUGAUGUUCUAUAUGUCGCCGUCAUUAGCCCUAAUAGGACUUCUGGUUGUACCACCAGUGUCAAUGCUAGCCGUAAUAUAUGGACGAUUUGUUAGAAGUAUAACAAGACAAAUGCAGGAUUCAUUAGCUGAAACUAGUGAGUUAGCUGAAGAGAAAAUAUCGAACAUAAAAACAGUGAAAGCAUUUAGUAAAGAACAAAAGGAAUGUGAAUCAUACGGACAAAGGAUUGAAAAUUUGUUGAGAUUAGCCUAUAAGGAGUCUUUAGCUGUUGGCAGUUUCUAUGGUUUGACAGGUCUGUCUGGCAAUACAAUAAUAAUUUUAGUACUCUACUAUGGAGGUGGCAUGGUGGCGACGGAACAAUUGACAGUUGGCAAUCUUACAUCCUUUCUGCUUUAUGCGGCCUAUGUUGGCAUCAGUAUUGGUGGCUUGAGCAGUUUUUAUACGGAAAUGAAUAAAGGUAUUGGAGCCGCUACGAGACUUUGGCAGAUUAUCGAUAGGGAACCAAAAAUACCUGUAUCUGGUGGCCUAAGACCAGUAGAACGGCCUAGAGGCGAGAUCCUCCUAGAGAACAUAAACUUUUCUUAUGGCGGGCAGCCGAUGAUCAAGGGAUUGAACUUACAUCUAUUGCCUGGAAAGUCUGUGGCUUUAGUCGGGAGGUCCGGUUGUGGGAAGAGUACGAUAGCAUCUCUUAUUUUGAGGUUAUAUGAUCCGGAGCAAGGCAGGAUAUUAUUGGAUGGUGUGGAUAUAAGGAAACUCGAUCCUGUUUGGUUGAGGAGCCAUAUUGGUUUUGUUAGUCAGGAGCCGGUUUUAUUUACUGGAUCAAUAAAAGAAAACAUUCUCUAUGGCCUUGUUAAUGAUGAAGAAGUGGAGGAAGAAAACAAGGAGCCAGCGUGGCUAGUGGCGGCUCGCGCUGCCCAGCUGCAGGAGCUGGCCAGCCUCAGCAGCGACGGGUGGGCGCGGCAAGUGGGCGCCGGCGGCUCCGAGCUCAGCGGCGGACAGAAGCAGCGGGUCGCUAUAGCGAGGGCUAUCGUUAAGAAUCCAAAAAUCCUCAUACUCGACGAAGCUACCUCAGCCCUAGAUACAUAUUCAGAAUAUUUAGUAGACAAAGCUUUAAAGGAGAUUAGCAGAGAGCGAACAGUUUUGACAAUUGCGCAUAGACUAAGCACGAUACAGUCGGCGGACGAAGUCGCGGUAAUUGGCAAUGGUGUGAUAAUCGAAAAAGGACCAUAUAAAGAAUUAAUCGAGAAACCGAACGGGUACUUCCGAGAGCUCAUCACACACCAAACUUUCUCCCAACCGAAGAGUUCCGAAAAGGAUAAAAAUAAAUGUUAAAUGAUGGAUCAUGAAUAAUGGAAUUUUGGGUUUGACGGUGAACUAAUAGUGGCUGGAUUAGUAUUUGAGUUUUGAAUAUCAGUUUUGACAAAUAAAUUCUAUGAAUUAGUUUUGGAAAAAGAAUUUUGUGAAUGUCGAUGAAAAAUAAGUCUUCCUGAAAUUUUAUUAAAGUCAUUUUUAUAGUUCACCUUCAAAAUUGUAUCCUGGUUAUAGGUCGUGUUUAAGAUUGAUGAUGCAAUUUGAUUAAUGCCUUUAAAAUAUAGCUAUUGCUGAGUUACAAAAAAAUAAUAAAAGCAAAUGUAAAGUAUUUUUCUAGAGUCACAAUAAAAUAUGAUGCUAUUUUAUUAUAUAACUUAGUUUAAAAUUAUUUGUUGAUGCUAAGUAGUCAAUGAUUCAGUUAAGUUUAUACAGAAAUAUAUUGGUUUUAUGAAACAUAACAUAUGGUAGAUGUUAUAAAUAUUAUAUACUGUAUAUUAUUAUAUUUAUAAUUAUAAAUCUUGUAAAAAAUGUAAGAAAAAAUUUAUUUGCUUAACAAGUACAGUAUCACAUUUUUUUCUGUUCCUCGGUCACAUCGAACGUCUAACGAUCACAUCACUGCCAUAUUUUCACAUUUUUGUAUGAUAUUUAAAACCUUAUUUCUUAACAACUUUAUAGCACUGGUGAAAGUAAUUUAUUUUCUUAUAUCUUGUUUAUCUAUGGUUACGUCAAGGAUGUACAUUAAUAUAUCUACAUCUAAUUAUUUAUCUCUGUUUAUAUUUUUCGGUGACGAGCUUAAAUUAUAAGUAAAGGUAUCGUUUUAGGUGUCUAUUUUGUUAUGUUAUUGCAAAUGACAAAGUGCAUUCAAAUACGUCGUUUGACAUUGCUUGAGUAAACUGCCUUAAUGGAAGAAUGAUUGUAUGGGAUGCACUAAUAAACUACAAGUUGAACUUUGGAACAAAGGUUUUAUAUUGUUUUUUGUU